AAUCAGAGCAGCUGGCAGCGCGGCGGGCAGUGGUGACCGUCCAGGGCGCUCCGGGUUACGGGCAGGUCGGCGCGGGGUCCGGGGCCACACACGCAUCUCCAUCGCCAUCCCCAGCCGGGCCAGGCGCGCAAGCAGGAGAGCGGAUCGGGGCGGCCGGAGAGCACCAGCAGACGCCAUGUGGAUCCAGGUUCGCACCAUGGACGGCAAGGUGGCCCACACUGUGGACUCGCUGUCCAGGCUGACCAAGGUGGAGGAGCUGAGGAGGAAGAUCCAGGGGCUGUUCCACGUGGAGCCAGGCCUGCAGAGGCUUUUCUACAGGGGCAAGCAGAUGGAGGACGGCCACACUCUCUUCGACUAUGACGUCCGCCUGAACGACACCAUCCAGCUCCUGGUCCGCCAAAGCCUGGUGCUCCCCCCCAGCAGCAGCAAGGAGAAGGACUCUGAACUGUCAGAUACCGAUUCUGGCUGCUGCCUGGGCCAGAGCGAGUCGGACAAGUCCUCCAACAGCGGCGAGGCGGCCUCGGAGGCGGACGGGAAGGCGGGCUUAGCGGAUGAAGACGCGUGGGACGAGACGGAGCUGGGUCUGUACAAGGUCAACGAGUAUGUGGAUGCUCGGGACACGAACAUGGGGGCGUGGUUCGAGGCGCAGGUUGUCAGGGUGACCAGGAAGGCACCUUCGCAAGACGAGCCCUGCAGCUCUACCUCCAGUGUGACGCCCGAAGAUGACAUCAUUUACCACGUCAAAUAUGACGACUACCCGGAGAAUGGAGUGGUCCAGAUGAGUCCCCGCGACGUGCGGGCCCGUGCCCGAACCAUUCUGCAGUGGCAGGAGAUAGAGGUCGGCCAGGUGGUCAUGCUCAACUAUAACCCCGACAACCCCAAGGAGCGUGGCUUCUGGUAUGAUGCGGAAAUCCUGCGCAAGCGUGAGACGCGGACGGCACGGGAGCUCUAUGCCAACGUCAGGCUCGGGGACGAUUCUCUCAAUGACUGUCGGAUCAUCUUCGUGGACGAGGUGUUCAAGAUCGAGCGCCCGGGCGAGGGGAGCCCCGUGGUGGAAAACCCGAUGAGAAGGAAGAGCGGGCCCUCCUGCAGGCACUGCAGAGACGACGAGAACAAGGCCUGCCGCGUGUGCGCCUGCCACCUGUGCGGGGGCAAGCAGGACCCGGACAAGCAGCUCAUGUGCGACGAGUGCGACAUGGCCUUCCACACCUACUGCCUGCGCCCGCCCCUCAGCAGCAUCCCCAAGGAGGACGAGUGGUGGCGAGAGCGUGAGCCUCUCUUUCCGGGGGACGCCAGCUGGCCUCUCCCUCACGGGGCCUCGCUCUCCCCCCCCCCCCCCCCCAGGGCGCUGGCCCUGAACUGCAGCGCCCCCAUCAACGACCGCAAAGGGGCCGAGGCCAAGGACUGGCGGUCGGGGAAGCCGGUGCGGGUCGUGCGGAACGUCAAGGGUCGGAAGCACAGCAAGUACGCCCCCGCCGAGGGCAACCGGUACGACGGCAUCUACAAGGUCGUGAGGUACUGGCCGGAGAAGGGCAAGUCCGGCUUCCUGGUGUGGCGCUACCUGCUCCGGCGGGACGAUGCGGAACCUGGUCCCUGGACGAAGGAGGGGAAGGACCGGAUCAAGAAGCUGGGGCUGACCAUGCAGUACCCGGAAGGCUACCUGGAGGCCCGGGCCAGGAAGGAGAAGGAGAAGGAGAACACCAAGAGGGAGGCCAAGGACGAGGACGAGGACGAGGACGAGGACGAGGAGGGGGGCUUCGCCUCCCCCAAGAAGGGCAAGGGCAAGCGGAAGUGCAAGUCCGGAGGGGGCAAGGCUGGUGCUGGGUCCCCUCGAGGGACACCUAAGAAAAGCAAGGUGGAGCCCUAUAGCCUCACGGCCCAGCAGAGCAGCCUCAUCAAGGAGGACGAGAACAACACUAAGCUGUGGAGCGAGAUCCUGAAGUCGCUCAAAGACGGGCCGUUCCAGAAGUUCCUGAGUAAAGUGGAGGAGACGUUCCAGUGCAUUUGCUGCCAAGAGCUGGUGUUUCGCCCCAUCACGACCGUGUGCCAGCACAACGUGUGCAAGGAUUGCCUGGACAGAUCCUUCCGGGCGCAGGUGUUCAGCUGCCCGGCCUGCCGCUACGACCUGGGCCGCAGCUAUGCCAUGCAGGUGAACCAGCCGCUACAGGCCGUCCUCAACCAGCUCUUCCCCGGCUAUGGCAGCGGGCGGUGAUCCUCAAACGCUUCUCGCCGGUAGUGUUUUUUUUGGGAAAGAAAAAAAAAAAAAAAACAAAAAAAACGUGUCACAGGGGUCUUGGCCCCCUCUUUUGUUUUUAGUGGGCUUAACUUAAACAGGUAGCUUUUCCUCCACUCCCUAAAAAGCCUCGUCUUCCUGGUUUUGUUUUGUUUUGUUUUGUUUUGUUUUGUUUUGUUUUGUUUUGUUUUAACCUACACAUUUCCCGGAGUUUGUAUUACGGCUCGAAGAAAGAAGGAAAGAAAGUUGGACUUCUCAGUGUUGUGUUUUGGUUUUAGAAAAAUACAAAGCCUGCAGUUUAUCAGCAGAACAACAAACACAAACAAUUUUUUCCGAAGAUGGAAUUCAAAACGCCUUGGCGCGAAGGCUGCUCGUGUUCCCGGCGCCAAGUUCCCAGAAGUUCCCGCCGCCGCCGAGCCAGAAGGCGCCCGGCCGCCCAGAACAAUCUUUUUCAAGGUGCGUGGCUUCGGCCUCCGAAGUUGAAAGCGAGCGCAUCUCCCUGACCGCGCGUCCUGCCGCCUAGAAGCCAGCAAGGCAGCGCCUGCUGGCGGCCCGGGGGUGGCCGGCCCCACCGUCACCCACGGGGAGGGUGACAAGAAGCGAGGAGCCCCCUCCGGCCCCGAAGCCAUCCCCCGAGUUUGCUUUCACGUGGCAGCCGCCCCACGCAGAGCCCUCCUCCCCCGGGGUGAGCGGACAGGAGUCGCCCCGAAGCCGCCGCCCCCGGACCUCCGCACGGGGCUGGGCGGGCGGCCGAGUGCCCGCUGUCUCGUCUGCCGCGCCACGGAAGCGGACGUUCGAAGCCAUGUUCAAGUGCCUUUGGGUCUUUUCUUCUGUUGGAAACGUGGGGCUCUCUUUUUAGCACUGAAUUGCCGAAAAUGCCAACGAGAUCCUAAAACUGUGGUUAACCUGUUCUUCCCGAUAGCGGGUGAGUGUUUGGGGGAGAUUUCUUUUUUGUCCACCCUUUCCACUGAAUUUUCAACUCCCCGAUCGAGAAUUCUAAGAGGGAAUUUUUUUUAAGUACUUUUUUUCUGAAUGAAAUUUUUUUGUAGUUAUUGUAUAUGUACCGAGAAAACUAUAACUUAGGGUUUGGUUGUGUUUCUGGUUUUGUUUUGUUUUGUUUUCUUUUUUGGUUUUGUAUUUUUUUGGAAUGAUUUGUUAAUUUUUCUAACUUUACCAAAGUUUGCAGCUUUUACCUCAAUAGAACAGGAAUAUUUUAAAUCCCAUAACUGCAGACAAACUGGAGUGGUGUCGUUUUAAAAAGUCUUUCUUUUUUCCUUAUUAUUAGGUUGUUAACGUAUUAGGAAGAAACAGCGAAAUCCUGUGUAGGCUUUUUCUAAACAGUUCAAUAUUCUUUGUCCAAAUUUUAGAUUCUUGGAAUAAAUGCCUUUUACAGAUGCA